GUUUACUUUCUGUGCUACAGAAAUGGCAGCGCCGGUAUUUCAUACUGUAUGAGCAUGGUCUUCUGCGCUACGCUCUGGAUGAGAUGCCCGGUACUCUGCCCCAGGGCAGUGUGAACAUGAGCCAAUGCAGCGAUGUGCUGGAUGCUUCAUCCCAGACCAGCUUCUGUAACAGUCUGCGCCUGUGCUUCAGCGACAGAGAUUAUUAUAUAAGAACAGAGGAUGCAGAGAACAUCACUGGGUGGCGGGAAAACCUGCUCGUUCACCCAAAUGCUGCAAAAACAAACCAAAAGAAGCGAAGGAGAGAGCAAACACUCCCCCCGCAUAACCUAAAGAAGCAAGCAGUACCUGAAAGAAACCAGGUGUCUGAUGGCCGUAAUAGCAACUCUGUCGUGAACACCAGCUGCAGCAGCAGUAGAAGCACCACCAAGAAAAGAAGCCCUGAAAACAGUAGAACCAUGAGCAGUGUUUACAGCACAAGCAUUAAACAAAGUGUUAAUAUUGGCGAGCUAAACACCAGGAUUUGUGCUGAAGGCAUUGGUGUUGGAGGAUGUUGGAGUAAAGACACGAGUGUUGAUGUGGAGGCUGGUUGUCCACUCCGUUCUUGUCCAGGGGCGGGGCUUCAAGAGAAACCCAAGGAGCUCCGUGGGAAAGGAGGAGUCCAUUCUAGCAGCAGAAGAAGCCAUGACAACUCUCCCAUCAGUUCCUACCUUUUAACACUUGGUCAGCUACCUGCACACUUCAGCACAAACGCUAAGACCCGGGAAGGCAUAGAGAGUGGCUAUUCUUCUUUGGAGAAAACAAGAUCCGAUGCUGAGGACACCCAGACACGCACUGAGCAGGACUACAGGCGAUCACAAGUGAUUAGUCAGUUUGAGCAGGAAAAUGGGAUGCAUAUGCAUGCCAGAGAGCCAUGUUCCUCUUCAUCAAUAUCCACCUGUUCUGCCGCAGAUGAUCAAGAUGAGAGAACAAACCACAGCACAGCACGGCUGUUCGCUCGUGGCAAUGGUGCAUCUGGCGUCUCUGCGUCCACCUGCCGACGCUCCAAAUCACUGGAGCGCAGUCUGGCUGAACACACUCCCACGCCUGAUCUGUUAAAUUUCAAGAAGGGAUGGGUGACCAGAUUGGGAGAAGAUGGACAGUGGAGGAAGCAUUGGUUUGUUCUUACAAACCAGAGUUUAAGAUUCUACAGGGAUUCAGUUGCUGAAGAGGCUGCAGAUCUGGAUGGUGAGAUCAACCUGUCCACAUGUUAUGACAUCACAGAAUUUCCUGUGCAGAAGAACUAUGGCUUUCAAAUUCAUACUAAGGAUGGAGUUUUUACACUCUGUGCAAUGACCUCGAGGAUUCGCCAGAACUGGAUUCAGGCACUUAUGAAGAAUGUUCAGACAUCUGUUGCCCCUGAUGUCACAUGCUCUCUUCCUCAAAAGAUGCUAAUGGGUAUGGCUUCUGAAUGUAAAUGCCCCUUGGCUUCAAACUCCUUGUGUUCAGAGGAGGAGAAGAGGAGCAGUGUCCGUGAUUGGUGCAGAGAAGGGCGUUACAAAACCUUUGACUGGGCUGAUGGUCACAUGCGGAAGAAAAGGGAGAGACUCAGCAGGCAGUCAGGAAUGGGAUUGGAGUUUGUCUGUGGUGAUGCCGUGCCCCCUGCACCUGCAUCAUCUCCUGAAGAAUCCAUCGCAAGCUCCAUCACAGUGGUGCAUCCUGAGCUGGGCCAGACUACACACACUACAAAGCCCUCUGAUACAUCACCGUUCAUGGGGAGAUCCAGAAUUGUCGCCAGUAAACCAAGUGAUCAGAAGAAUGCAGAGGUUGACGGUGUGAAUGUCUUAAAUGACACUUCUAAUGCAGAGAAGAAAGAGACUGAUGUUUUCACCUCGACAUCACCAACCACGUUUUCCUCGUUGUCUGUGCAAACCGAGUGGCAGUGGGAGCUAGAGCUUCAAACACUCCGCAGGGAACUGAAGGCCAUGUAUGAGAGAAGUGAGAGAGAGGGGAGGGAGUAUAAACUCUCUGAGGCCCGCCUCCAGACUGAGUUGACUAGCAGUCUGGACUGCCUACGUGAAAUGGAAUCAAAACUACAGAAAACUGAAGCCACCCUGAGGGACCGAGAGAAUGCGCUGGAGGAGUUGCGAAAUUGUUUGGAAGAAGUUUCAGAACGUCUGAAGGCUACAGAAGAGGCGCAGGCUCUGAAAGACAUUUGCCUACAGAGACACUUGCGCCUUCUGGAGGAGAGUCAGGAAAGGGAGAGGAGUCGUCUCAAUGAUAGUCUUGAGCAUGCAGAGAAGCGUGGGAAGGAACUGGAGGAGCGGCUUGUGCAAACAGAAGCGAUGCUGCAAAAGAAGCCAACAGGGGGCAUAGUGGAGCAAUUGGAGAGAAAGUGCCAAGAGCUGCAGAACCAGCUAGAGGAAUCGGACAGCGAGUUGAGUAGGCUGCAGGCACGGCUUCAGACCGAGGAGACGCUGUAUUAUGAUAUGGAGCAUAACUAUGAACAAGUAUGUGAGGAACUGGAGUUUGUGCGUGGCACGUUGCAAAACUGUGAGAGGGUAUGUGAAGAGCGCUUUAGAAUCCAGCUGGAGGAGCAACAAGAAAACCUCCACAGGAAGGAGCAGGAGCUGCAAGAAGCAUUUAUCAAAAUGCGUUGCUUCACUGAGGAGAAGGUCAAGAAUUUUGGGUUUGGGGAUUUGGAGAAACAACCAGUUGCACAGGGAGAUGAAUCAGAACAAGUAAUCUCUGUGAUGCAAGCAUUGGAAAGCAAAUUGUGUGACACAGAGGAGAGGCUUCAGGACAUUACUGUGCAUCUCCAACAACGUCAGCAAAAGCUUGGUGAUGAGGUUGAUGAUCAAGGGAGUGUGCAGAUACACAAUGAGUCAUUAGGACCAGGUACUAGAGAUGACAGCCCAAAUGGAAAAUGUUGUAGGAUCAUACUGGAAAAGACUGCUACUAAUACUAAAGCUAACUUGGUGACUAAUAAGAUGCUUGACUUUGAUCUCCAGGAUGCCCUGCAUAGAGAUGGUACGAGUCCAGAGAAGCCAUUAUCUCAAGGGAUGAUUAGCAGGAUGCUGUCUCUGGAAGCGCUGGUCAUCCAGAGGAUGGCUUCUGCACUUGAGCAUCCCAGCAAACACCUCCUAGAGGGGCUUUCAGAGUUGCAAUCUCAUACCAAGACCCUUAGAGAGGCUUAUGAUGGAAGGCAUGAAGGGCCAGUCACAAGGAACUACUCUGAGUUGUUUUCAUACUAUCAGGAGAUGGGUGAGGCAGGGUGCUCACUAGAUGAGUUUGAGAUCUAUAGCAUGUGUAUGAAAGCAGAACUAGCAUACCUUACAUACACAAACCACCUACAUGACCCAGAGGAAGUGCAUGGGUCACAAGCAUCUAAUGUCCCAUUCUAUCUUGGGCCUGAGGUUAGACCACUUGAUGCCAAAGAAGAAACUAGUUCUAAAACAAGACUUCAGCUGUCUGAUGCCAGCCUGCCUGAACUGGUACCAUGCAAGGAACAGCUGCAAUAUGAAAAGCUGGACAAAGACGGUCUAGUGGUAGAGCUGCGGUCACAAGCCUGUUCCCUCCAGGCCCUCUCCAGGAAGCUGCAUCCUUUGGAUGACGAUGCAGGUGGACAUUCUGAGCUUUCUCCUGUCCUCCUGCGGGCUGUACUGAUCCAGGCCAUUCUGACAUACGUGACAAGCAGACUACACCUGACUCUGCGACGGCAAGUGUGUCUCUUGCAAGAUCAGCGGGAGCAGGUUGUACGCCAGUGCCGCAGACUUGAGGCUCUGUUGCAAGAACAGGCUGAGCGCUAUGAGGAAAAGCUGCGUGAGGAUCGCGUGGUCAUAGAGGUGGCCGAACUGGCUUGUAUCUCAGCUGAGACAGAUGCCCAGAUAAAGGGACAAGAAGUGCAGCAGCUGGAGGCACAGUUUGAGAAAAAGUUCCAGGAGCUUCAGAAAAUCCAUGAAGAAGAGAUGACCCGUCUCCAUGGAUGCUACACAAAGAGCCAGUCACAGUCUGUGACCGCCAUGGAAUCCAGUAACAGAGUUGAUGAACAUUCCGUGAUCAUUAUGAAGGAAAGAAUCUGUGAGCUGGAGCUACAGAUUAGAUGCUUGGAAGCUGAGAUUCGCAAAGGAGAUGCAAACAGCUUGAGACAGGCUUAUGAAAAGGAACUGGAGGCACUGAAGGUUACCUGCGAACUUGGCUUCAGCAGUAUGGAGCAGAGUCAUCAGAGGGUGAUCGAGGAGAUACAGCGACAACACCAGAUAGAGGUGGAACAGCUGUUGGAAGAGAAGGAGAGGGUACUCCAGGAAGAAACCAAUGCUACAAUUGCUGCCAUUGAGGCCAUGCGCAAAGCUCAUAAGGAGGAGCUGGAAAAAAGUCAAAAAGCUCAGCAGAAUGGAGUCAACACAGAUGUCAACAAGCUGCGUGCCCAGUUUAAAGACGAGCUGGACUCUCUACACAGGGAGUUGAAAGUGUUAUCUGAGCAGUACUCUCAGAAAUGCCUGGAGAAUGCACACCUGAGUCGAGCCAUAGAGGCUGAGCAACAAGCCCGGAGCUCUGUAGAGAGAGACAAACAGGAACUCCAGACACGCAAUCAAGAGCUGAAUAAGUGCUUGAUGGCUGAACUCUCUCAAAUACAGUCUUGUGUGACUGGAGGAGUGGAACACGCAGAGCUCUCUCAGGGCAAAGAUGUGAUUCAGCUGGAGGUGGCGUUAAGAGUGAAGGAGUCAGAAAUUCAGUGUCUGAAGCAAGAGAUCAGCUCACUAAAGGAGGAGCUGAAGGCUGCAAACAGACAUUAUAAGAAGCUGCUGGAUGAGUUGAGCAUUUCCGGAGUCAAAUAUCAAACUGCCUGUGUAAAGCACAAUGCUGAGAAUUACAGACAAUGGAGCCACAGUUCUGAUGUGAUGAAAUCAAGAAGUAAUCCUGACUUCCUGAAGAACCAUACUAAACUAAACCAACCAACCAGAUCCAAGAGUCUGAAGGAACAUCUCGCCUGUUCAGGACAGAAUGAAGAUUUUAACUCGGGCAGUAAAUAAAGAUCUGAUUGUUUGUUUUUCUGUAUUCUGUGUGCGCUAUUCACAAUUUUAUGUGGUAUAUGGGCUUUAAUUUAAUAUUUGUACAUAAAGGUAAUGGGUUUAAUGGAUUUUUUUUUUUUUUUAAAUUUGUGUUAUGAUGAGACUUUUUCAGCUGUUCCUGGUCCAUUGCAUAUUUGCUAUAAAUUUUAUAGCAUUUUUAGUUCACUUGACAUUUAACUACUGCUUGAUCUGGCUUUUUUUUUUUUUUAAAUA